AUGGCCAACUCUUACACCACAGAACACUACUCCUAUGGGCCCAACGUUUUGCAGAGUUACGAUGUUCACAUCCCCAAAGGCAAUGGAAAGAGUCAAGAUAUUCACUCUGGGAAGACUUGGCUGGUCUACAUCCACGGCGGAUAUUUUCGCGAUUUGACCGUAAACUCGACGUCAGUCCAGCCGGCCAUUGAUAUUCUGGAGGCCCGCAACACAACAAACCUCACCAACACCAUUGACCAGGUGGCGGGCAUUACAUCGCUCAACUACAGGCUCUCCGCCUUCCCCGGUGUGCAAGACCCGGCGACGACACCCCCAAACGAGAUUCAGAACGUCAGCUGGCCCGAUCACCUCAACGACGUUGUCGCGGGGCUGCGAGACCUCAACCGGCACCAUCGCAUCGACGGCAAUUAUGUAAUUUCUGGCCACUCGGUGGGCGCACAGAUGGCGUUCCUCGCAGCGAUCCAGACUCUAAACGACACGACCAUCCCCAAGCCCGUCGCUGUGCUGGGCGUCAGCGGCAUCUAUGAUUUUCCCCAAAUCUUGCGCACAAAUCCCGAGUACACCAAUCUCACCCUCAAUGCCAUCAAGGACCCGGCACUGCUGGGUUCUGCAAGUCCCGCAGAGUACCCCUCAUCGCUGUAUGCCCAAUUGAAACUGCGCGCCGUCGUGUUGGCGCACAGUCACGAUGAUGGGCUCGUGCCCUGGGAUCAGGUUGAUACCAUGUAUGCCGUCAUCAAGGACGUGGCAGAAAAGGAGGCCGAAAUCGUGACGCUCCAGGGUGCGCACAAUACCAUCUGGGGAGGUGUUCAACUAGCCAAAGCAUUUGCCGGCGCUCUCGCACUGCUUGGUAAUAAACCCGGUGGAGAUGCAGCCUGCUAA